UCAGCAUUGCCAUGGGCCAUGGCCCAUGAUCUUCGACUCCCCUCCAUCGCUUUUCAGAGAGCCUUUUUUGCUGGACCGGACCUUCGAGUUUCUACGGGAAGAUGAUGCCAAUUGCCAUUGCUUUAGGUGGCACAAGAUGGAAAAAGGAGCAAUGUCAACUCUGAAAGGGGAUGCUAGGGGAUCUUAGCAACGUUUGAAAACUUGACUCCCCGCCUAUGAUGAUCUUAUGCAGUCCACCGCUGGGAAGUUUUGCUCCGUCCACACAACCAUCAGCGGAUAUGGGCAGAAAGCAAGUAGACACCUUUACUUAAUAUGGCACACCACCUUGACAUGCACAGGUGUCAUGCAGAAGUGCACACAUUGUGCGAGCUGCAGUGCUGAAGCAUCAUUUCCCCAGCAUUGAACGAGAAGCUUGUCACCGACACUGUGCAGCAGUUCACCGCAUGGUUGACGGGCUGCUGUGUGCUCGUUGUGCCAAGUGUGGCUGCUACGCCAGCACGGUAGCUUGAUCAGGCAUAAGUUACAUCAGUGUUGGUAAGGCGCCCAAAAUGGGGAAGGUUUUCUCGACCCUCGGGUCUGGAGAGGAAGGAGCAAGGAGGGGGGGAUUUUCAAAGCUGCCUCAGAAGGAGGGAGUGGGCGCCCGCUGGUGCCCCGAGGAGGCGGCUGGCCCCGUGUCGCUGCUGCUCUUCUCGUGGGUCACGGGCCUGCUCCGGGUGGGCCACCGCCAGACGCUGGAGGCGGGGGACCUGUGGGACGUGCACUCGCAGGACCGCGCCGCCAAGGUGGCCGCCAUUCUGGACCGCCAGUGGGCUGCGCAGCGCCGCAAGCCCAGGCCGUCGCUGCUGCGCGCAUUGCUGCGCAGCUUUGGGGUGCGCUUUGGGCUGGCGGGCCUGCUGAAGCUGGUGCACGACCUGCUCCAGUUUGCGAGCCCCGUGCUGCUGCGCCAUCUCAUCCAGUACCUCAAGGACCCGCAGCAGCCGCUCUCCACCGGCCUGGCCCUCGCGGGCGCGCUCCUCCUCUCCAACAUCCUCCAAAGCCUCUGCAUCCAAACGUACUUCCAGCUCGUCAUGCGCAGCGGCCUGCACAUCCGCACGUCUCUGAUCAGCCUGCUGUACACCAAGGCCCUGCGCAUGAGUACCGCCGCCAAGCAGGACACCAGCGUGGGCGAGAUUGUUAACCUCCAAAGUAACGACGCCCAGAAGCUGAGCGACUCUUGUACAUACUUGCACAUAAUCUGGAGCGGGCCACUGCAGAUCUUUGGCGCGCUGGGGCUGCUGUUUGCGGUGCUGGGCGUGUUCCCCGCGCUGGCGGGGCUGGGCGUGAUGCUGCUGCUGCUGCCGUUCAACCUGGUCAUGGUGCGCUACCUGACGGCCAUCCGCAAGCGGCUGAUCGGCUGGACGGACCGCCGCGUGCAGCUCGUCACGGAGGUCAUCCACGGCAUCAAGGCCAUCAAGCUCUACGCCUGGGAGGCGCCUUUUCUGGACCGCAUCCAGGCCCUGCGCGCCAAUGAGACGGCCCAAGUGCGCACCUCCGUCUACUUCGGUACCUUCAACGACUUCUUCUAUGCUCUAAACCCCACGCUGGUGUCGGUAGCGUCCUUCUAUGCGCUGACGCUGAUGGGCGUCCAGCUGGACGCCACCAUUGCCUUCCCCGCGCUCGCGCUCUUCAACAUCCUCAGGUUCCCCCUCACCAUGAUCCCCCGCCAGAUCAACCAGUUCAUCCAGGCGGGGGUGGCCAUCGGGCGCGUGCAGGAUUUCCUGCUCGUGUCGGAGACCACGCCCGUGGCUACCGCCCCCCAGGCCCCUCCUGGCAGCAUCUGGCUGCGCGGCGCCAGCUUCUCGUGGGCUCCCCCAGACGCUGGUGAUGCCGCUCCCACGCUGGCGGACGUCAGCCUGACGGUGCGCCCCGGCUCGCUGGUCAUGGUGGUCGGCGAGGUGGGCAGCGGCAAGAGCUCGUUGCUGGCGGCCCUGCUCGGGGAGAGCCGGCGCACCGCAGGGGACCUCGCCGUCAAUGGGCGCAUCGCCUACACUGCGCAGGACCCCUGGAUCCAAAAUGCGACCGUGCGCGACAACAUCAUCGUAAGCCAGCCAUGGGACGCCACGCGCUACCAGCAGACAAUCGCUGCCUGCGCUUUGGCGGCCGACCUGCGCACGCUGCCAGGGGGGGACCAGGCGGAGAUCGGGGAGAAGGGGAUCAACCUGUCGGGGGGCCAGAAGCACCGCGUGGCGCUGGCACGCGCCGUGUAUGCGGGGGCGGACAUCUUCUUGCUGGACGACCCGUUGAGCGCGGUGGACACCCACGUGGGGCGGCACCUCUUUGACGCGUGCAUCUGCGGCCACCUGGGCGGGAAGACGCGCGUGCUCGUGACGCACCAGCUGCAGUUCGUGCCGGCCGCGGAUGUCAUUGUGGUGCUCAAAGGGGGGCGCAUCGCGGAGUACGGCACGUACGACGAGCUGCGGGCCAAGGGGGUCGACUUCGCGCAGUUCGAGGAGCAGCAGGAGGACAAGGAGAAAGGGGAGACGGCUGAAGGGGCCGCGGACGAGCGGCCCCGCACGAGCGGGGCGGACGGGGGCAGCUUGCUCAUGGAGGCCAGCAGCCCGACGGGUGUGAGCAGGCCGACCGUGAGCUUUGCGGAGGCGGUCGGCGGGGGGGACGUGGUUGUAGACAUGGAGGCCGACUUAGGGCAGAGCAGCCGGCAGGGAGCAUGGAGCAUGCAGGACGGGGACGCCAGAGCGGGAGAGGAUCUAGGCAGGGAGGGCAGGGGCGGGCAUGCGGCAUUCUCUGGCGGGGGGGUGGACGUCGACGGGGUGGCCACGCUCAAGGAGGCCGGGGCGAGUGUGCGGCAGCAGGCGCAGGAGGUGGAGCUCAUGCAGCGCAGCGCGGCAGCAGCAGCCGAGGGGCACGGCAGCGCGCACGAGGAGGAGGGGGACCAGGAGGGCACGCCGCUGCUGCAGGCGCAGCAGCCAUCCACGAGCGACGAGCCCACUAAAGGGGCCAAGGCGGGCGCCACGGACGCGGGCACAGGGAAGGUGGGGGGCGAGUCUGCGCUGGUGGCGGUGGAGAAGCGCGCGGUGGGGCGGGUGAAACGGUCGGUGUACCGGCAGUACGUGGCGGCGUGGGGGCCGGGGUACUGGGUGCCCGCGCUGGUGCUGGGGGUCUUCACAAUCGCGCAGACAGUCAAGCUGCUGACCAACGCGUGGCUGGCCGUGUGGACGGAGGGCAUCCGCAACGGGCGGGGUUCGAGCCAGUUCUACCUAAGCGUGUACACGGGCAUGUCGCUGCUCACGGCGCUCCUCGUGUGGGCGCGCGGCAUCGCGCUUGCGUCCGGGUGCGUGGCGGCGGGGCGCACGCUGCACGCGCGGCUGCUGGAGCGUGUUUUACGGCUGCCGAUGGCCUUCUUUGACGCGACCCCGACAGGGCGGCUGAUGAACCGGUUCACGCGCGACACGGAGCAGGUGGACCUGCAGCUGCCGGACACGUUCGGCAGCUACCUCACGUGCGCAUUCCAGGUGGUGUUCGAGCUGGUGAUCAUCCUGUACGUCACGCCGCUCUUCGUGCUCCCGCUGGUGCCGCUCCUCGCCGUCUACGCGCGCAUCCAGGACUUUUACAUCGCGUCCAGCCGCGAGCUGAAGCGCCUGGACAGCGUGGCGCGCAGCCCAAUCUUUGCGCACUUCGGCGAGUCCAUCCAGGGCCUCGCCACGCUGCGCGCCUUCCGGCUACAGACCGCCUUCACGGCCGAGAACGAGGCGCGCGUGGACGCGAGCACGCGCGCCUACUACGCGACGCUGGUGACUAACCGGUGGCUGGGCCUGCGCCUGGAGAUGCUGGGCGCGCUGGUCGUGUUCGCCACCGCGCUCUUCGCCGUGUGGGCGCACCACCCGGACGCCGGCUUCGCGGGGCUGGCCCUCACCAGCGCGCUCUCCAUCACCGGCUACAUGAACUGGAUGGUGCGCAUGCAGGCGACGAUCGAGACGGACAUGAACAGCGUGGAGCGCGUGCUGGAGUACACGCAGCUGCAGCCCGAGGCCCCCGCCGUCCUGCCGGACAGCCGCCCCCCGCCGGCCUGGCCCACCCACGGCGCCAUCCAGGCGGAGGGCCUCGUCGUGCGCUACCGCCCCGACCUCGACCCCGUGCUCAAGGGGCUGUCGUUCUCGUUGCGCGGCGGCGAGAAGGUGGGCAUCUGCGGGCGCACGGGGUGCGGCAAGACGACGCUCAUGAUGGCGCUGUACCGCAUCAUGGAGCUGGCCGGCGGCCGCCUGCUCAUCGACGGCCUGGACGUGGCCACCAUCGGCCUGGCCGACCUGCGCUCGCGCCUCGCGCUCGUGCCGCAGGACCCCGUCGUCUUCUCCGGCAGCAUCCGCAGCAACCUGGACCCCUUCGCCGAGGCUGCGUCGGACGCCGACCUGUGGGCCGCGCUGCGGCAGGCGGGGAUGGCCGCCACCGUGGGCGCGCUACCGGGCCAGCUGGACGCGGACGUCGCGGAGGGCGGGGCCAACCUGAGCACGGGCCAGCGCCAGCUGCUCUGCAUGGCGCGCGCGCUGCUCAGGAACGCCAAGAUCCUGGUGCUGGACGAGGCGACGUCGAACGUGGACAGCGGCACGGACGGCGUUGUCCAGGACACCAUCCGGCGCGCCUUCCACGACUGCACCGUGCUCACCAUCGCGCACCGCCUGCACACCAUCAUCGACUCCGACCGCGUCAUGCUGCUGGAGGCGGGCACAGUGGCGGAGCUGGACACGCCGGCGGUGCUGCUGGCGGACGACCGCAGCCUCUUCACCGGCUUCGUCAACCAGACGCUGCCCAAGCAGGCGGCAGCGCUGCGCAGAGCGGCCUCUUCGCGGAGCCUGCUGGCAGCUGCAAAAUUGGACCUCAGAGGGGGUAUAAAUGGGUCGGCCAAGUGAUGCCCUUUAAGCAUCGAAAUUCAAGUGGCGGUUGUUCGCGAUUGUGAUGUCAGUCAGCAGCCAAAGCUGGCACCAUACGCAGUUCUCCGCCGUUAACUUACUGACGCAAGCUGAGACCGUUGUCAUGUCAAGCACGCUGUACGAAGCGACUCUUUGAGUGAGGCAAACGAGCACUGAGGUUUUUCCUGAGGUUGCGGUCUAAGUUCUCUGGCAG